AUGGGUAAGCUGGACUGUCAGAGAAACUGGUAUCAGCAGCUAAUAAGAAGAGCUAUGAGUAAUGAUGGCACAACCCCGCUGUCCCAUGUGUCCGCCCUCACAGAUUCAGUUGGUUGGGCAAUCCAUGAAAGGUUCAAACCAGUGACAAUGGUAAUAUGGCUUGUUCACUCAGUCUUCUUCCAGCCAAUCUACACGACGGUGAACUUGCUCCUCUGGCAGCCCAUGUUAACGUUACAGAGGGCCAUCUGGAAACUGGCAUUACUUCCAGCUAAUCUGCUGUUGAAGAUAUUCCUACGGACUUCAGUAGAAGAGCUAGCAGUUGGUACAGACUUCCGGGGAGCGCUGACUAUCGCAAAGGUAUGCAUUCAGUACGUGAUAGCAACCGCUGUCGUGGGGUCCUUCCUCGGUAUAACGACAGGAGUCGUUCUAGGGAGUAUACACCGAAUGGUUAGAAUUCCUGCACUAUACGUUGCCAUUUUGCCAACUUACGUGGACAAGACAACACAGUGGGUAUCUACUGUAAGAGAUUUCUUUUCCAACAUUAUUGACGCAGGCCUCCGCAGCAUUCCUAUUUUAUCAAGCGGUGUGCUGGUUGACGAGGGCGGGGACCUCUUUACGGAUUUGCUGGAUACAUAUGAACAUGAAUAUGUUCAGUACAGCCAAUCCAGUAGCAAUGGCCUAAGGGAACCAGUGAAGGGUGACUACGACGAUUAUGGUAAUAUGACACCAAUAAGUAUCCAGGACGAGGAAGAAUUGGGCACUUCAACGCUUUCUGCCAUUAGCAACCUCUGGGAUUCUGUACCUGAUAGCGGCACUGUAAGAACAGAUGUGGACGAGUUAAAAUAUAACUUGAAAAAUUCUUCUAGGCAGAAGAUUGCUCAUACUACGCAACGCUAUGAUAAAUUUGAUUUCUCAGAGUUGCAUCACCGGCAUUAA